AGAGACGAAACCUUUUCUUCUAAUCAAAUUGUUAUUCCAGCGAAAAACUGAUGAGAAUGUUAUUUUUUUUCUAAUCAAUCAGUUUAAUUGUUUUAUUCCUCGUGGCAUGUGGAUUAUUUAUUCUUGUUUAAAAUUGUUUCCCAAAUUCGUUAAUUGUGAUUCCAAAUUAAUCGCUGAUUGUUGAUUUUGUGUUUGUGGCUCAAUUUGGGUGAAGAGGUUAUAUUUUCUUUUCUUUCGUGGUAAUUAUAUUCUCGAUUAAUUGUUAAUCAGAAUUGAAGAGAUGGAUCAAAAAAUACUCGACCAAAUAACCGAUAUUUGGUUUAAUGUGAAGGAGAAAACGAUCACAUGUUGUCCUGGUGUUUUUGGUAGCGAAGGUGAAAAUAAGCGUUUCAAUGGUGGAACCGGAGACGGAGCCGUUGGUGGAAGUGGUCAACAUGAAAUGUCCGCUUUUAAAAGUUUCGAUAAGCCCGAUGUUAAUACUUCACUCCAAGGUGAAUACGAUGAACUUGGUGAACAUGGUUUUAAGGCAAACAGAUCAGUUGAUGUGGUCGAAGGUGAAUUCAAUGAAUACGGUGGUGACCCAAGGAAUAAAAUCUCCGCUUGGCAAGCAGGUUGGAACGUGACUAAUGCUAUUCAGGGAAUGUUUAUCGUUUGCCUUCCGUACGCAACACUUCAUGGUGGAUAUUGGGCGAUAUUUGCCCUUGUGGCCAUUGCGUACAUUUGCUGUUACACUGGUAAGAUAUUGAUCGCCUGUUUGUAUGAGGUCGAUGAAACUGGUCAGUUGGUUCGAGUUCGUGAUUCUUACGUGAGCAUCGCUCAGGCAGUUAUGGGUGAAAAGUAUGGGGGUAAAAUUGUCAACAUUGCCCAGAUAAUUGAACUUCUCAUGACUUGUAUCCUUUACGUUGUCCUUUGUGGUGACCUGAUGAUCGCCUCAUUCCCAAGUAAUACAUAUGAUCAACGGUGUUGGAUGAUGACCUCAGCGAUACUUUUACUUCCUUGCGCCUUUCUUAAAGAUCUUAAAUCUGUUUCAACUCUAAGUUUUUGGUGUACAAUUGCUCAUAUUGUUAUAAACAUCAUCAUUUUCGGCUAUUGUUUCCUUCAAAUUGGCGACUGGAACUGGUCAGCGGUCACUUUCCAUAUUGACUUUCAAACCUUCCCAAUCACCGUAGGAAUCGUUGUAUUUAGUUACACUUCACAGAUUUUCCUUCCCAGUUUAGAGGGAAACAUGGCUGAUCGAAAUGAGUUCGGUAAAAUGUUGGACUGGAGUCAUAUUGCCGCUGCUGCUUUCAAGGGUCUAUUUGCUUACGUUGGGUUUUUAACCUUCGGUGAAGCGACUCAGAAAGAGAUCACCAACAAUUUACCAACCCAUGGAUUUAAGGCAAUAAUCAACAUUAUCCUUGUAGUUAAGGCUUUACUUUCGUACCCGUUACCUUAUUACGCGGCUGCCGGUCUCAUUGAGACAGCCUUAUUCAAACGAAAGCCCAAUGAAGACAAUCCCCAUGGUGUGGGAAGUCAACCUUUUCCUACCUGUUGGGAGCGUGAUGGUGAAUAUCGUGUCUGGGCUAUAUCGCUAAGAGUACUUUUGGUCCUUUUCACUUUAAUCGUUGCCAUUUCGAUACCACAAUUUGCCCUUCUCAUGGGCUUAGUGGGUAAUAUCACGGGUACUAUGCUCUCCUUUGUAUGGCCGUGUUAUUUUCACAUGAAAAUCAAAUGGGAUGAGAUGGAUACUCAAACACGAGCUUGGGAAAUUAGUAUCAUUUGUAUCGGUCUAGUGUCCGGUUUCAUAGGAGUCAUCAGUAGUUUCAAUGCUUUUAUCGAUGUCUAUCAUUUACCUUUACCUUAUGCACCCGUUGAAAUGGCCUAAACAACUCUACAGAUCUCGAAUCGCCAUUUUUGUUCAAAUCUUUGCAUUUAAAAUCAUUACAUCAGUUUGACUUUGUUGUUGGUCUAAUCAUUUACAUUUUGUUUUUUAACAGAUUAUCAUUAUAACACUCAAGGUCCAUCAUCUUUAAUGGUCAUUUGCCCAAUGGACAUCAGUUGAUUACCAAUCAAAC